UUAUAGUUGCUUUCUAGCUAUUCAUACCUUUUAUGUAUAUCAUUUGGUUUUUAUAAUUACCCUGUGAAGUAGAUAUAGCAUAUAGUAUAGAUAUAUAUAUAUACACACACAUAUACAUACAGACCUAUAUACAUACUUAAUAAUAGCUCUGGUUUUGUGUAUAUACGCUAUAAAAUAUAUUUAUAUAUAAAUCUCCAAAGCUCUACUGUUAAGUAACUUGCUUAGCAUUGCUAAAUUAGUGAAUAGUGGAAUCAGAAUUAAAACCACGUUUUUCACUUAAAAUGCAGGAAAUUUGCAAAAUGCAGUCCUCGAAAACAACACCUACUAACUGGGAAACAAAAACAGAACAUUUUUUUUUAUUUAACAUGCUACUCUAAGUAACAUUUGUCUCCUGAUAACCUAGUAACUUUCUCCCAGAGGACUUGAGGUGGUGAUGGCUUUUGUUUACUUGCUACAUUAGGAUAUUGGUCAAAAAGGGAAAGUUCUCCGAGGGAGGUGGCUCAGUACUUGCAGAUUCUUUAUGCUUAAAAAAACUGAAUCAAAAUCAAAUACUGACCAGCACAUAUAACAUUUUCCUUCAUUUUAGAUUUUCUUCCAUUUGUAUGUGAUGGUUGUUCAGGAAUAUUUUGCCUUGAGCACAGAAGCAGAGAGUCGCACAGCUGUCCUGAGAAUGUCUCUCAAUUGGAUCUCAAUUAAAUAGUGAAGAAAAAUCACUUACCUUGAGACUGUGGGAACAAGUUUGGAAAAAUAGUGACUGUAGUCAAGGAGAGGCUAAAGUCAGAUACACAUGCGUCUUACCCAUGUGCGUUCAAGGGCUGUGCUGAGAAAGAGCUUGUACCAGUGACCUGUCCUCACUGUGAGAAGAACUUUUGCCUGAGACACCGUCACCAGUCAGAUCAUGAAUGUGAAAAACUGGAACUCCCUAAGCCUCGCAUGGCUGCCACUCAGAAACUCGUUAGAGACAUUAUUGAUUCCAAGACAGGAGAGACAGCGAAUAAGCGACGGAAGGGUGCAAAAAAUAAUGCAACAGCUGCCAAGGUAGCACUGAUGAAAUUAAAGAUGCAUGCUGAUGGGGAUAAGUCACUGCCCCAGACGGAAAGAGUCUACUUGCAGGUUUUCUUACCCCAGGGGAGCAAAGAGAAGAGCAAACCCAUGUUCUUCUGCCAGCGCUGGAGCGUUGGGAAGGUCAUCGACUUUGCAGCUUCGUCAGCCGGUCUCAGAAACGACAACAACAAGUCCACAGCCAAGAAGUUAAGGCUCUGUCACAUGACUUCUGGAGAAGCGUUGCCCUUGGACCACACGCUGGAAGCCUGGAUGGCCAGGGAAGACUGUCCCUUAUACAACGGCGGGAAUGUUGUCUUGGAGUAUCUUAGUGAGGAAGAACAGUUUUUAAAGAAUGUCGACUCUUACUUGGAAUAGUCGUUCAAGGAUCCAAUCAGGAAACAUGAGGAAAAGUCUCUGUGAAGUCAGUUUCUUUACUACAAAUACUAUCAGUACUUUUUUAAGUUGCUCUUACAUUUUUUUAUUAUGUCGUAAUGUCCAUGAUCAGUUUUCUAUAAAUUGGAUUUAAAUUUUUUGUUU